GCGGAGCACUGCCUGUAGCGCUGACAGACUUCAGGAAGACUCCCCGGAUGACCUUGCUGUUGAGCGCAGAACACAAACAAAACACCGAGCAGGGGAAAUAUGACAGUCCCAAGUUUAGCAGCGAUGCCCGCGUUACCCACAUCGGGAUUCACGCUAUCGAAAGAGCACUUCGUGGUGGCCGUGCCGGUCGCAGUGGUUGCAGCCGUCGGAGGUUUCCUGGUCAGCCAUUACCUGAGCGGGCGCAGCUGUAAAAAGGGCCAGGUGAACACGUCCAUCUGUAAAGAUAGCCCCAAAGUGGUCCACAGCUUCGACAUGGAGGACAUCGGCACCAAGGCCGUGUACUGCCGCUGCUGGAAGUCAAAGAAGUUCCCGUACUGCGACGGAGCCCACGCCAAACACAACGAUGAGACCGGGGACAACGUCGGGCCGCUCAUCAUCAAGAAGAGGGACGAUUAAGCCACCGGGUCGAUGAAACCUCAACCCUCCCUCUCUCAUGCGCUCAGUUUGUCCAAUCAUUUACAAUCAUCAUCGCUGCCACCACAGUGUCAACAGCGACGGGUACGGUUUGACGCUGUCGCAAUGCCCAACAGAACAGAAACCCAGAGAGCGCAGACAAGGUUGUGAAUUAAUAUUUCCCGCCGUUUCUACAUUAGAACUUUGAGGAGAGAUUCGGAAGGGACUUUGACAAUCGGAUGUUUGCAUCUUCCCCAACUCAAUGUGAAGAGUUUAGAUCAAAUUCACACCGGAUAUACACCAUGCAGGCGUUUUACCUUCCUGUCUGUUGUCACCUGUGCCCCUUCCCCUCCCCUUCCUUCUCGACUCCCAUGGGUGUGGAGCAGGUGGUUGAACCCUGAUUACUGGCAGCUCUUUGCCUCAGCCGGCCCAACGUUUCAUUUGAAUUCAGCCAAGGCCUUGUAUUUAAACCUACAGCCCACGCCCCAGAGUCUGGAUUCACACAACCCAUAUGUAUGCUACGUGUUAUGAUUUUUGCACUAAGAGCUGCUUUGAUAAAUAACAUGGAAGCUGUUUUUUCUUUCAAUGAAAUAAUUCUCUCCAGCCAUAAGACGCGUUGAAACACUAUAUCUUGCCGUUUGUAAUCGGUUACUGUCUGCUUUCUGAGGAAAUUUGUAUUUAGUCUGUAUAGUGUUCAAAUACGAUCGAUAUAGUUUGCUUUUUCAUUAGAUUUGUUUUCUACUGGCUGCUGCGUUUCUGACUCGAUUCGUUGUUCUGUACAUUGUGAAUAAAACUCAUCGAGUGAUCUGA